CGUACCAGGCGAUGCCAUCAUGGCGGAUUUGUUCAAAUCAGCUGUCAGUUAUCUCAGCGGUUCGCCGCAUGAUUUUGAAAACGAGUUCGUAGGCAAAACGGUCGUACUCGGACGCUACGAGCUGAAGGUGAAGAAAGUUCUCGGUGGAGGUGGAUUUGCUUAUGUUUACGUCGCGCAAGACACGGCAAGUGGCGAGGAUUAUGCUCUGAAGAGAAUAAUCGCAGACGGCGACCAUGUAGAGGAAGUAAAGCGAGAAAUUGCGUUCUUGAAACGACUUUCCGGUCAUCCCAAUAUCAUUGAGUUCGUGUCUGCGGCGUCAGCGAACGGCGAGCAGCCUGGUCGAGGUGCUAACGAGUUUCUUAUAUUGACAGAGUUAUGCAAAGGUGGUGAGUUGAUUCAAAUUCUCAAUUCUAAGACAUUGAAUUGCCAACAAGUUGUUAGAGUAUUUUAUCAAACAUGCGAGGCUGUGGCUCACAUGCAUCAGCAGAAGCCUCCCAUUAUUCAUCGAGAUUUGAAGGUUGAAAAUUUGUUGCUUGGUUCGCAAGGUCAGAUUAAGUUAUGUGACUUUGGUAGUGCUACAAGAGACCAUCUCUAUCCUGAUGAGACGUGGACACAUAGCCAGAGGACUUUGGCUGAAGAGCUGGUAUGCAUGGAACUUCAAAUGCAACGAUAUACCACACCGAUGUACAGAACUCCAGAAAUGUUAGACUUAUAUUUGAACUGGCCAAUCACAGAAAAAGCUGACAUCUGGGCACUGGGAUGUUUGCUGUUUAUGCUAUGCUUUCGUGAGCAUCCAUUUGAAGAUGGAUCAAAACUAAGGAUUCUGAAUGGCAAGUUUAAAUUUCCAGAGCAAGAUAGGGAAUACAAAGUCUUCCAUGAUGUCAUCGCAUCUAUGCUUGUUCUGGAUCCUCGGCAGCGACCUGAUAUCCAUACAGUCAUCAAGAAAGUCGAAGACGUGGCUGAGAGAAUUGGUGUUGACUUAUUCCAACCAUCGGACGAGCCUCUAAUAUCUCCAGUGCCUGAAUCUUCGGUACCGAGUACUGAAUUUUCUACCAGCCAGAGUUUGUUUGGAAAAAUGCGAAGCCAUGCUGGUAAUUUACUCAAAGGAAUCAAAGACACGUCAGCCAAGGUAGUUCAGUCAGUCGCUGGUUACUACAAAGGAGAGUUGGAUAUUUCAUACAUUACGUCACGCAUCAUUGUGAUGUCGUAUCCACAUGAAGGGUUUGGUGCAGCUAUGAACAACUACAUCGAUGACGUGAGGGAAUUUCUGGAUUCGAAACAUGCUGGAGCGUAUGUUGUAUACAAUCUGGCUGAGAAGACUUACGAGACAGAGAAACUCCACAACAAGGUGUCUCAUGUCGGGUGGCCUUCUAGAAGGGCACCGUAUUUGGAAAGCCUGCUGAACAUCCUGAAAGCAGUAGACUCGCAUUUAAAAUCAGACCCAAGAAACAAAUCUGUUGUUGUUAUCAACUGUGAGGAUGGGAAGAGUACGUCGGCAACUGUUGUGGCUGCUUAUGCAAUUUAUUGUGGCUUGUUCUCUACAUCUGAAGCUUCACUUAGAAUGUUUGCUGAGAAGCGUUUUCCAUCCGGAUACAGAGGAAUUAUUCGUGCUUCACAGAGACGGUACAUUGAUUAUGUGGGUCGUUUGAUGGCUAACCCUCCUUACGUGCCACAUUUGCAACAGAUGAAGCUGAAUUACAUUGCUUUGACUUCUGUUCCACUGUUCAAUCUGAACAAGACCGGCUGUAAACCCUUUGUUGAGGUUUAUGAGAGAGAUCGCAGGGUUUUUACAUCUGUAUCGAAGACUUCACUGGAUCAGCUUAGGAGUUAUACUGUAGAGGAUGGAGUCAUUCAGAUUCCAGUGGAUGCUGUUGUAUGUGGCGAUGUCAUUAUCAUUGUUCAUCACGUACGUGGAAUGCCAGGAGCUAGAGUGAUUCACAAAGGAACUACAGCUGUGAAGAUGUUCCAGUUUCAAUUUCACACCGGCUUUGUCGAUAGUCAUACAACACAAAUUACUCUGACAAAGGAUAAGCUGGAUGGAGCUCUCCGCAAUGAUUCAAAGUUUCCAGAUCCAUUUCAAGUGAUUUUUGAUGUUCAGUUUCUGCAUGCCGAAGCACAACAAAGUGCUCGUGUGUGGGAUAAUCUACCGCGAGAGACAACAACACCUUUGCCAUGCUUUUCAACUGUGAGCGAACAGCAGAAGGCCUUGGAGGUUUAUGGACACUUGGAUCGUACCAGAAAAACAUUGUCUGGUAAUCAGCAACAAGAAUUCAAGGAUUCUCCUCUUGUAGAUCGAGUUGUAAAGGCAAGUCAGCCUGUUGGCAAAGAUGUCUUUUUUGCUACUUUAGACUGGCAGGCAGGUGGAAAUCAAGUUGAAGUAGUUACAGAUCCUGCUGAAGCAAACUUGUUAGGAGACGAUUGGAAUGUCGAUGAUGACACAGGAGUGUCAGAGGAGGCAGGAGGUUUCCCAAAUGCAUUCACUGCAACUGAGACAGUUGAACGCAGUUUGUUUCAAGGGAAUGCCGAACAAGUACCACAGCCAUCACCUGAACAGUUGCUGGUAGGUCUUGAAGACGACAACCAGUUUUUUAGUGAAAUGCAACAGGCUACUUCGGUAGUUCAACAACAACAACAACCAUCAUCAGUGCUUCUUGACUUUGGUGAGACUUCAGUUCCAUAUUCUGUUGGAUCUAGCAUCAAACACUCAGCAUCCGAUUCCAGUCUAAUGUCUAGAAACGUUCAGGAGUCAGCAACUGUUGAUCUUUUUGGUGCCAGUAGUGCUAAUUGGCCAGGGAGUGAGUUUGCGCAUUCAUCGUCGGCUCCCGGUAGUAGACAGAUGACAGCUAGUCCUCUGAAUGUGGUUCCGGAGUCUACUCAUUCAAAUCAGCCACAAUCAGGACAUCCCCAGGGAGAACUCGAUCUUCUUGGACUAGGGUUUUCUUCGUUUUCGGCAUCUCAACAAGGAAGCCUUGAUGGUGUUCAUUCAACUGGCUUUGAUCCCUUUGGGCCACCAGCUUCGAAUGAGUCUCAAUGGAUGUCAGAUAUGAGUCUUCUUAGUGGUCACACACAGCCGUCUUUAAAUGUAAGUCAGUCACAUGCGUCUUUGCAACCGUUCGGAAGCAGUUUUCUUCAACAACAGCCAUCUGGUAUCAGAAGUGGGCUUAACUUGUCUCAAAGUCGACAUCAAAGUGUUCCUGACAUCACGUCAUUCUCGAAAUCGUCUGGAAUUAAUCAGCCGUCAGUUCCUAAUCAUUUUUCUGCUCCAUUCCCCACCUGUUUACCAAGACUCUCAAAUGCUACAACCAAAGGAAAGAUGAGCUCAUCAGCACCAUCAUCUUCAGCUGGUAGUCCAACAGGUGCAGGUCCUGGUGAUCCAUUUGCAGAAUUUGUCAAUCUGACACCUAUUAAAGAGCAGCAAACUGUGGGGCAAUCAAAAGCUUUCUCUUCUUCGCAAAAACUGGUGAAAUCUGCUAUGACUCCAAGAGCACAGUACACGGCAGCUGGAUUUCAGCAGACAGCACAGAAACCGAACAAUUCUCAACAACAGAGCAAGGGAUCAUACAAGAGUGUUAUUGGUCACAGGGAAGAGCGAGGACCGCGAAAGCCAUUCGGUCUCGGUCCAGCUGUUCAAGAGAAUGCAUUCGGUGAUAUCUUAGGAUCUCAAGGGUUCGCACCUUCACGUCUGAAAGAACCAACUUCUCUCAAUGCAAUUCGUGGUAAGAACGAGGAUGAUGCUAGCGAGUCAGAUCCUGACAAGCUCAAGGUUUCUCGUUGGACUGCUGGCAAAGAGAAGAAUAUUCGAGCUCUUCUAAGCUCUCUUCAUGCAGUGCUGUGGGAAGGAUCCAGUCGAUGGACAGAAAUAGGAAUGCACGAAUUAGUUCAACCUGAUCAGGUUAAGCGUGUUUACAAGAAAGCUUGCUUAUGUGUUCAUCCUGACAAGCUUACAGGCCAACCACAGGAAACAUUAGCACGCGCUAUAUUUGUGGCUUUAAAUGAAGCAUACACAGCGUUUGAACAAAGUGGUGCUAGACCUUUGUAUUGAUUUCAAAAAGUUUAGUUUGUACAUUUUUGCGAACUUACUGUUUGAGCAACAGUUAUUCAUUU